UGGUCACGUCGGAUCGUGUUUUGCCGAGGAGUUGCAUGCUACAAAAUUAUCGACACAAGCCUAAUACCGGAAGUGUUGGUGCCGGAAGAAAUGAAGUCGGUUAGUUCCAGAGGAAAAGUGCGGCACGUGGCAUCCAAGAAGGAUCCCAAGGUUGCUGAAAUGCGUGAAAAUGUUGCUCGGCAUGCCAGGGUACCAGUUGAGCAUGCCGACAGCCUCCAGUGUUGGACUCCUCAGGCCUCCACGGCCCUCAAGAUCCUCAUCUCGGCCCGUUUCUGCUCCGCCCUCCUCAGUAACAUAUCCGACUGUGACGAGACCUUCAACUACUGGGAACCGACCCAUUACCUGAUCUACGGAGAGGGCUUUCAAACCUGGGAGUACUCCCCGGCCUAUGCACUCCGCUCCUAUGCGUAUCUCUUCCUGCAUGCCUUACCCGGUAGACUUCACUCCCAUCUCCUGGCUGCCAACAAGAUCCUGGUUUUCUACUUCACUCGGUGCCUGCUGGGGCUCUCCUGUGCAUUAUGUGAGCUCUACUUCUACAGGGGUGUAUGCAAGAAUUUUGGAGCAAGUGUCGGACGUCUAACUCUGUGCUUUUCACUCUUCAGCACGGGCAUGUUCAUAUCGAGUGCAGCAUUUCUACCAAGCAGUUUUUCCAUGUACAUGACCAUGGUGUCCAUGGCUGGAUGGUAUCUUGGCAACUAUCCAGUUGCGAUAAUGGGCACAGCCAUCAGCGCAUUUGUGGGAUGGCCUUUUGCUGGAGCGUUAGGAAUCCCUAUCGCAAUUGAUAUUGUCCUUCGAGAGAAGAGAGUCGCUUUAUUCAUCAAGUGGUGUGUGGCAGCAUGUGUCUUAGUCUUGUUGCCCUUGGUGUUGAUCGAUUCUCAGAUGUUUGGCAAGCUUGUGAUUGCGCCGCUCAACAUCGUCAUGUACAACGUGUUCACUGAUCACGGAGCCAAUCUGUACGGCACUGAGCCUUUCAGUUUCUAUUUCAUCAACGGAUUCCUGAAUUUCAAUGUUGCCUUUUUCAUGGCUCUGGUUGCUCUUCCCUUUUCAUUUGCGGUCAACUGGUACGUGAAGGGACGUCCGGGAACCAGCCUAGAGCCCCUUCCUCAUUGGCUCACGCUCCUACCCAUGUACCUGUGGGUUCUUGUCUUUUUCGGCCAAGCACACAAGGAGGAGAGGUUUUUGUUUCCCAUCUAUCCUUUCUUCAGUCUGGCCGCAGCCAUCACCAUGUCCUCUCUGCAGAAAUUGUACCACCGCAUCUUCACCCCCUACAGACUUCACCACUACACUUGGUCAUCCAAUUGGCUGGCAGCAGUCGUGGCCGUCGUAUUCACUGUCUUGUCGCUGUCACGGUCGGCUGCACUCUUCUUCGGUUACCACACCCCAAUGGAUGUCUACCCUCUGCUUGGUAGCAUAGCAGACAAUAGAGAGAUCCACACAUUACCCCCGGACCGACCAGUCAACGUCUGCAUUGGGAAAGAAUGGUAUCGCUUUCCAAAUAGCUUCUUCUUGCCAGAAAAGAUUUGGGGGUUGUUCUUUUCAGUUGGAGGUUACAGUUCAUCGAGUCAGAGUUCAGAGGGCAACUUCCAAAGCCCUACGCAGCUGGGAAUGAUGCUACCAAGGUGAUACCCACCGAUAUGAAUGAAUUCAACCUGGAAGAGACAUCAAG